CUCCCAUUCCCCGGGACUCCUUUUGGCGCUCCCCAUUCAUGCAGUUUGGUUGAGUCUUGUGGUGUAUUAUUAUUAUUAUUAUUUUGAUUUUUAAAAAAACUGUUUGCAAUAAAAAAGAAACGGAGGAUUAUUAUUAAUAUUAUUAUUUUUUAACUCUUUCCUUUUGUUUGGAAAUCUGCUGCUGCUGCUUUUUGCAUUUGAAACUCUCUUGUCCAGUUUUGCAAGCAAUUGAGCUAUUAUUAUUAUUAUUUGCAACCUUUUUUUGCAAAUAAAUAACUGUGGGCAAAAGGAAGGAAGGUCUUGCAAUUAUUGUUUUUUUGGAAAGAACAUUUUGCACGCUUCUUAUCUUUGCAUUGCAAAGCAACAACUUCUGGAAGGUGCCACUAUGCCCAAAAGAAAGGCUGCAGCUGAAGGCGAGGUAAAGGAGGAGCCAAAGAGAAGAUCAGCAAGACUAUCUGCUAAACCUGCUCCACCUAAACCAGAGCCAAAGCCCAAAAAGGCAGCACCGAAGAAAGAAAAAGGAGCAAAUGAUAAGAAAGAGGACAAAAAGGUAGCGGCAAAAGGGAAGAAGGGAGCCAAAGGAAAAGAUGAAACUAAGCAAGAAGAUGCUAAAGAGGAAAACCACUCUGAGAACGGAGAUACCAAAACUAAUGAGGCACCAGCUGCUGACGUAACCGAUGACAAGGAAGCCAAGUCCGAGUAACCAGCUUAGCUCUCUACGUUUCCAUCAUUUGGUACCCGUACCGCCAUACUGUAUUGUUAAGAGAGGAAUAUUUUUAUCAACUAUUUUAUAAAUGCAGGUUUUUUUAGCAUGAAUUUAAUUAUGGAACAUCUUCAUCUCGGCUACUUGGGACUUAAACCGACAAAAACCAACAAAAAAAUCAUUGUUUUAAAAAAAUAAUAAUAAUAAUUUUGUGAUUGUCAUAGUUUGUAUGGUACCUGGAAAGAAUCAGUGGUGGUAGCUAUUGACUUCUGUCAGUAUAUAAUCCCUUUGUGUGUAAGUCAUACAGGCUUCAGAUUGUAAUUUCACCCUUGUUAUGUGUUGUACAUUUUCUUAACGUGGGGAGGUCUCAAAACAACAGGAAGAACAAAAACACACAACAUAAUUGCGUCAGACAUUCCGGUGGUUCUGUGGGUUGCUUUUAUAAAGAAGGCGAGAUAUUUUCUUGAGAAAAAAAAUCCUUAGAAGCUGGAAAUCUUGUUGUAUCCCAAAUGUAGUUUUAUUUUGUCACAUUUUGGAGAAUAAUGAUAAUAAUAAUAAAAGUGUAAUCAUGUUUUUAAAUGAAAUACAAAAAAAAACCUUAAAAAAAAAGAGAAAGGCAGGUUGACUGAAUAUAACCCACUGUUAGGAAUUUUGCUGGAUUUAUCUUAAUAAAAAAAGACUCCUCGAAA